CGCGCCCUGCAUCCCCGUGCGGCGCGCUCCUCCUGCGCUCAGGACCCCAGCCUCGCCCCCGAAGCAUGACUCGCGACUUCAAACCUGGAGACCUCAUCUUCGCCAAGAUGAAAGGUUACCCCCACUGGCCGGCUCGAGUAGAUGAAGUUCCUGAUGGUGCUGUAAAGCCGCCUACAAACAAACUGCCCAUCUUCUUUUUUGGGACUCAUGAGACAGCUUUUUUAGGACCAAAGGAUAUAUUUCCUUACUCAGAAAAUAAGGAAAAGUAUGGUAAACCAAAUAAACGAAAAGGUUUUAAUGAAGGCUUAUGGGAGAUAGACAACAAUCCAAAAGUGAAAUUUUCAAGCCAACAGGCUUCGACUAAACAGUCAAAUACAUCAUCUGAUGUUGAAGUUGAAGAAAAAGAAACUAGUGUUUCGAAGGAAGACAGUGAUCAUGAAGAAAAAGCAAGCAGUGAGGAUAUGACUAAAGCAGUUGACAUAACCACUCCAAAAGCUGCCAGAAGAGGGAGAAAGAGAAAGGCAGAAAAAGUAGAAACCGAGGAGGCAGGAGUAGUGACAACAGCAACAGCAUCUGUUAAUCUAAAAGUGAGUCCUAAGAGAGGCCGACCUGCAGCUACAGAAGCCAAGAUUCCAAAACCAAGAGGCAGACCCAAAAUGGUAAAACCGCCUUGCCCUUCAGAGAGUGACAUGGUUGCUGAAGAAGACAAAAGUAAGAAAAAGGGGCAAGAGGAAAAACCUAAAAAGCAGCCUAAAAAGGAUGAAGAGGGCCAGAAGGAAGAAGAUAAGCCAAGGAAAGAGCCAGAGAAAAAAGAGGGCAAGAAAGAAAUUGAAUCAAAAAGGAAAAAUUUAGCUAAAACAGGGGUUACAUCAACCUCUGAUUCUGAAGAAGAGGGAGAUGACCAAGAAGGUGAAAAGAAGAGAAAGGGUGGAAGAAACUUACAGACUGCUCAUAGGAGGAAUAUGCUGAAAGGCCAACAUGAGAAGGAAGCCACAGACCGAAAACGCAAGCAAGAGGAACAAAUGGAAACUGAGCAGCAGAAUAAAGAUGAAGGAAAGAAGCCAGAAGUUAAGAAAGUGGAGAAGAAGCGAGAAACAUCAAUGGAUUCUCGACUUCAAAGGAUACAUGCUGAAAUUAAAAAUUCACUCAAAAUUGAUAAUCUUGAUGUGAACAGAUGCAUCGAGGCCUUGGAUGAACUCGCUUCCCUUCAGGUCACAAUGCAACAAGCUCAGAAACACACAGAGAUGAUUACAACCCUGAAAAAAAUACGCCGAUUCAAAGUUAGUCAAGUUAUCAUGGAAAAGUCUACAAUGUUGUACAACAAAUUUAAGAAUAUGUUUUUGGUUGGUGAAGGAGAUUCUGUCAUCACACAAGUGUUGAAUAAAUCUCUUGCUGAACAAAGACAGCACGAGGAAGCAAAUAAAACCAAAGAUCAAGGGAAGAAAGGGCCAAACAAAAAGCUAGAAAAGGAACAAACAGGUUCAAAGACUCUAAAUGGAGGGUCUGAGGCUCAAGACAGUAAUCAGCCGCAACACAAUGGAGACAGCAAUGAAGAAAGCAAAGACAACCAUGAAGCUGGCAGCAAGAAAAAGCCAUCCGGUGAAGAGAGAGAGACUGAAAUGUCUCUGAAGGACUCCACAGUGGAUAACUAGGUUGAUGAUGCAGCACCUGGAUUAUAAAGAACAUUUGUGAAGUUUGUAAUAGUUUUCAUUUGAAAUAUUUAGACUGUUGAAAGUUUUAAAUUUUUAUAAGCAUAGGUUUUGAAGUUUAAAACUUGAGCGAAAAGUCCCUUUACCUUUGUUUAAAAGUUAUUAAACACAGGGCCGGGGAUUUAGCUCAGUGGUUCUGCUGGCUCCCUCGCAAGUGCUAGGGUUCCAAGUUUGAUCCCCGGUACCCCACCAAUUAAACAUUAUUGCUAAUUGUACUUGUGCAGUAUUAACAGCUAUAUUACUCAGUAAAUGUGGGGUGAAGUCCACUUAGAAAAUGUUAAACUGCUUUUCCAGACACAGUUGUAGCAUAUUUUCAGUUAGUGUGUGUAUGUUAAUGUAUAAUUGGUAGAACAAAGUUACAUUUUAAAAACUGCUACUUGUAUAUUUCCCCCUUUCUCAGAUUCUGUGGGUU